UAUCAAUCUAAGUGAGUAGGCCAAGAUUUACCUGUCAGUCAAUAUGUGGGUACAUCAGUGAAUUACUUUCGAUAGUUUAUAAUGUUUUCCGAAUAUUUAUUUUGUAGUCUAUUAAUAGUAGCACAUAUUGCGUUAUCCGUAAAGGCUGGGUACUAUCAAGAGCUUCAAACGGGUCAUUUACGACAUCCCAGCCGCUUUCAGAAGCGCAUGGUUCCCAGGCAAUUUAAUGAUCAUUCCGCAUAUGAGUCAUCAUCCUCUGAGAUAGGAGGAGGUUGUCAGAAUAGAAUGUCUUCUGGUUCAAUAAAACAAAAGGCAUCGAGUAUUGCUCAGAAGGCGGCUCAAGAAGCUAAAGCCGCUUCAGAUGCACAGGCAGUUGCUGGCCAGCAAGCCGCUCACCAAGUCAAAGCGCAGCUUGCUGAAAAGGCCUUGCAAGCAGCCAAAGCCGCGGAAGCAGCACUAGCUGGGAAGCAAGCAAUCGUGGAACAGUUGGAGCAGGAAGUCCGGGAGGCGGAAGCAGUAGUACAGGAGCAAAGUGCAUCCUUACAGCAGGCUCAAGCCAAUGUUAAUGCAGCGAUGCAGGCUGCGCAACAGGCAACUACCCAACUCAAAACACUCACGGGUGCAGUACAAAUUGCGCAAGCAAAUGUUGGUAAUGCGGAGCAAGCAGCGCAAGGGGCGCAACAGGAACUUGCAGAGAAAACUCAACUGAUGGAGGCUGCGAAAAAUCGAGUAGAACAGCUUUUGAGACAACUGAGUGCUGCUCGAUCUGACUACGCGAAUACGAAGCAGGCGGCUUAUAAGGCUUCGGCUGCUGCACAUGAGGCUAAGGUGAAUGCUGCAAGGAAUAAGAGAAUGUUGAUGAGACGAAGACGAUUUAAAAAUAAUCGCGGAUAAAAUUAUUUUAUAGAAAAAUUUGUUGGAAAUAAAGGAUGUUGUUUUA